AUGAAGAUACAAAGAAUAUUCUAUUUUAUAGGAUGGUUACUCCAGAGGGAUCUUAUAAUAGUAAAGGGCUUACUUUCGGCUCGCUACAUCAUAACUUCACGAGCUUGGCUUAAAGGGCUAGCUUCUGAAAUAAGUUGCGGGUAUAUAGGAUUUGAGGGGGUGUGGCUAACAAUAUUGACCCUAAGGCAUCUGAAGCGACACGUGGGUAGGCGCUCGAUCAUCAGAAUUAUAACACCUACCUUAAAUACUAGUCCUCCCUUAAAGCUUUGGAUAUUCAAGAUAAAUAUAGCCGCUAUCGCACGAUUUAAAGAGGAAGACGAUAUUAUUACAAUUAAGGAAGAAAUCUCUACCUUAACUUUUAAGAUUACCGGUAGGCUAGAAGUUCAUAAAGAUCUUAAGCGCGAAAGAUCUUAA